CCCCCUGUCGCCGCUGUCGCCGCGGUGUCACCGCCAUGGGCCCGAUCCUGCUGCUGUCGGCGCUGCUGCUGCUGCUGCUGCUGCUGCUGCGGCGCUCGGGGGGCUCCGCGACCCCCUCCCGGCUGCCCCCCGGGCCGCGCCCCCUGCCCCUGCUCGGCAACCUCCUGCAGCUGUCCCCGAGCCGCACCCUGCAGUCGCUGCUCAAGCUGAGCGAGCGCUACGGCCCCGUGUUCACGGUGUGGCUCGGCCCGCGGCCCGUGCUGGUUCUGCGCGGCCACGCCGCGGUCCGAGAGGCCCUCGUGGGGCUCCCCGACGCCUUCGCGGGGAGGGGGCGGAUGCCCACGGUGGAGAGCACCUUCCACGGCCACGGGGUGGUGUUCUCGAACGGGGAGCGCUGGAAGCAGCUGCGCCGCUUCUCGCUGACGGUGCUGCGGGAUUUCGGGAUGGGCCGGCGGAGCAUCGAGAGCCGCAUCCAGGAGGAAGCGCAGAUGCUGCUCCAGGAGUUCCGCGACACCAACGGUCAGCCCUUCGACCCCACGUUCAAGCUGAGCUGCGCCGUGUCCAACAUCAUCUGCUCCAUCGUCUUCGGCCACCGCUUCGACUACGGCGACCCCGAGUUCCUGGAGCUGCUGGGGAUGAUGAACCAGAGCUUCAGGGAGAUCAGCACCCCCUGGGCUCAGCUUUAUGACAUGGCCGAGCCGCUGCUGGGGGUGGUUUUGGGGAGUGUUUUUGGGGUGUUUUCAGGGUGCUGA